GAGUGUGAGACUUAUCAGGAAAUCCAGCAGAAGCUGUGUUUCCCCUCCCUUUUUUCUGGUAAAUUAAAUCUCAAGCAAGGAAACCCCAACCUUGGCUAUGAACUCUGGUGAAAGGGCUGCUCCAGGCAAGGAGGAGGAGGGAAGGGUGAGGCCAGCAGCCAAGCAAUCCCAUGUCAAAUGAUUUUUUCCAGCAAGCUGCAGGCAGUGGCUCCAAUAAUCAGGAACAUUUUCCCCCUUCCAACUUUUCUACUGGUUCCCUCUGAAUGUGGAAGUUGCUCUGGGCAUCUUUUUCCCCACUAUGAUCCGGCUAGUCUGGUUCUUAUGCUGUGGACUCUCUGUCAUUUCUGGACAGCAAGAUCCUGAAUUUCUAGCCAAGGAACUGGAGGAGGCUGAGAUUACGGAUUACACCCUCAUUGACAAUGUUGCACGCAGAGUCCCAAGACACAGCCGGGUUCUGCAGAGAUUGGAGACCAGGCCCCGGAUGUCGGAAUUCUCAGUGAGAGCCACCAUCAUUUCUCGCUACGCUUUUACCACUGUCUCCUGCACUUUGGUGAACAGUGGCUCGGAGGCCCGGGAAGGUGUCUUUGAGAUGCAGAUACCUGCCACAGCUUUCAUCUCCAAUUUUACCAUGGUUAUUGGCGAUAGGGUUUACCAUGGGGAUGUUGUUGGGAAAGAACGGAAACCUCUCAAUGCUGGAAGGAAGAACAGGUAUUCAAGACCCACAGAAGAAGGGGAAAAUGGAGUCGAGAUGUUCCAAGCCUCUGGAGUGAUUCCUCGGAAAGCAGAAGCCAUCUUCCUCCUGCACUAUGAGGAGCUCUUACAGAGAAGGUUGGGGAAAUAUCAGUACACUAUCAGCAUCCGUCCUCAGCAAUUGGUGGGGAAGUUACGUGUGGAGGUGAACAUCUUGGAAAACUCGGGAAUCAAUUCUCUGGAAGUGCCCCCACUCCGAAAGAGCAAGAGCAACGUCACGGGGGAGAAUGAGGCAGAUGAUGCCUCUCCACCACCUUCAACUGUAGUUGGACAGACCAAAACUUUAGCUAAAGUAACCUUCAGUCCAACUGUUGUCCAGCAAGCUAAGAUUGCAAGGAAUGGAAUUCUGGGAGAUUUUAUCAUCAGAUAUGAUGUCAACCGGGAGCUGAGUGUUGGGGAUGUCCAGGUGUUGAACGGAUACUUUGUGCACUGUUUUGCUCCCAAAGACCUCCCUCCGCUACCCAAGAAUGUUGUGUUUGUGCUCGACACCAGCGCCUCCAUGGUGGGAUUGAAGUUGAGGCAGACCAAAGAGGCCCUGUUUACCAUUCUCCAGGAUCUCAGAUCUGAAGAUCACUUCAACAUUAUUGGCUUUUCCAAUCGGAUCAAGAUUUGGCAACAUGACCAGCUGAUGCCAGUGACUCCCAACAAUAUAAGAGAUGCAAAAAUCUACAUCCACAACUUGUCACCUACUGGAGGCACAAAUAUUAACGGGGCCCUUCAAAUCAGCACAAAAAUACUCAGUGACUACAUUGCCCAGAAUGACAUUGAACCACAAAGUGUCUCCUUGAUUAUCUUCCUGACGGAUGGACGGCCCACAGCUGGGGAAACAGAGGCUGCCAGGAUCAUCAAUAACACCAAGGAGGCCAUCCGUAACAAGUUCUGCCUCUUCACAAUUGGCAUUGGCAAUGACGUUGACUACAAAUUGCUGGAGAGAUUGGCACUUGAGAACUGCGGUAUGAUGCGGCGUGUACGGGAAGAUGAGGAUGCUGCAGCACAGCUCAAAGGAUUCUAUGAUGAGAUUGGCACACCUCUUCUUUCCGACAUCCGGGUUGAUUAUCCAACCAGCAGCGUGGAUCAGGUUACCCAGAACCUCUUCCCCAACUACUUCAAUGGAUCUGAAAUCGUCAUUGCUGGAAAACUCUUCAACAAGACCGCCAACAGCUUACAUGUGGAAGUGACAGCCAGCAACAACGACAAAUAUGUCCUCCUGAAAACUGAUGUGGCCAUCAAUCUCUCUGGCAAGAAUCAUAUUGGUGGGGCUUCGAAUGUUGGAGGCUCCACCAAUGGUCAGAACUAUGUGGAACGGGCUUGGAGCUACCUCACCAUCAAGGAGCUGUUGACUUCCUGGCUAAAGAGUGAUAACAGUGAGGAGAAGGAGUCUCUGAGAGAGAAAGCCAAGGAACUGGCCCUCAUGUACCACUUUGUCACCCCCUUCACAAUGUUGAAAAUGAAGGAGCUUGCCCUUCAGGCAGAGCUCCCGAAGGAGAUCUAUGUUGGCCCAUUGAUGGAAGAUGUUGGGGAGAUUGUACAGGGGCUGCAAGGUCACCGAGCACCACCUGUAUUAGAUUCUGUUCCUGGAAGGCCAGAGAAACAAAGAACUAAAGUCACAAAAACAUCAGCGGAUGGCGAUCCCCAUUUUGUUGUUGACUUCCCCUUGAGCAAGCUGACGGUCUGCUUCAACAUUGAUGGGGAGCCAGGCGAUAUCCUCAGACUGGUUUCUGAUCAUAAGAACUCUGGGGUGACUGUGAAUGGCCAGCUAAUAGGUGCUCCUGCUCCACGCCACGGCCAUAAGAAACAGAGGACCUACUUUAGAAGCAUCACUAUUCUCAGUAACAAACCAGAGAGAUCAUAUCUGGAGGUUACACCCACAAAGGUUAUUUUGGACGAUGGAAAGAGACUUAUCUUGCCUUGUGACCGCACUGCUAUGUUGGCAAGCAAGAACCUAGAGGUCUCCAUAUUUGCCCGUUCCAAUGUCACUGUGGUCCUCCGGGGCACUAUUGGCUUUGUCAUUCUGAUCCACCAUUACAAGAACCCCGCUCCAUACCAGAAGGAUCAUUUGGGAUUCUACAUCUCCAACAGCAAAGGCCUUUCUGCACAUUCUCACGGCCUACUAGGUCAGUUCUUACACCAAGAUGUUAAACUUAUCCAAGAGCCAUUGAGACAGAGUCAUCCCAUGGGCAGCUGGAACCAAACCAAAGGGAUAGAUGUGAACUCUGGGAAUGUAUUAUUAAAGCUGAAAGGGCGUUUGGUUCCUGUUGUAUGGAAACAGAGGAAGAUCUACAAUGGUGAACAAGAAGUGGACUGCUGGUUUGCCAAGAACAAUGCCGAGAAACUGAUUGAUGGACCUUAUAGGGAUUACUUGGCCUCUCACCCUUUUGACACAGGGACUAGCAACUUGAUGGAUAGCAGACUCUGAGGAGAGAGAAUGUCCCACUGGUUUUUAACACAUACAAAACCAGCCACUCUCAGAAAGACUCUUGCGCUUGGACUUUUAACACCAAAGAAACCAAGAUUCUUUCUUUUUUUAAAAAACAAAAACAGAAUUCAGAAGACAUCCAUCUGUUCUGUGGGUGCUAGUAAUGGACAGUUUUGCAAGUGACUCCAAUAACAUCUGUCUACUGAUGGGUUAAAACACAUGGGCACAGACACACACAUCUGUUAAUAACUGGUUUAUUGUAGCAUGAGCUUUCAUGGGUUUCAGUCCAGUUCUUCAGAUGUGUGCAUGGAGCACAAAGCCACAGUUACACAUAUGGAGGUGGGAUCAGACUGUAACGGGAUACAAAAAGAUGCAAAUUGCAGUGCUGAUCAUAAACCUUCAAAGAAUUGUGGAAAGUGUACAGAUCUAUGUUGACAAUUUGCAUCUUUCUUGUAACAUGUACACUCUCAUCUUACCUCCUCAACUAUAUAACUGCUUAAAUACUUGUGGCAUUAAUUCUUUACUCCACCACUGCAUUUGAAGGAGUGGAUUGAUGUCCCCAAAAGCACAUCCAAACAUAAAUCAGUUACUCUUGAAGGUGUCACUACAUUCCACCCCCUUUUCUUUUUUAAAAUACUGAGACAGAUAAACAUGGUUCUCUCUUUUAAAAAAACCUGUUACUUGUGAAUGUGAUUCAUGAUGUUAAUAAUAUAGGAUAGUUGGGUAUUGGAACAUGCUCUUGGAAUAAGAGAUGGAAAAGAUACCUGUUGCUGCCCCA